CUCCAGCAUCUGCAGACCUCAUUUUUUACUCUGACUUUCCAGUGUCUGCAGCCCUCACGAUUUCGAAAACUCAGGCAAAGGCAAAUCUCGGGACAUGGAACGCGACAGCUGAGAUCUGGUCAGUCGACAAUCCGCGACCAGGUUCACUGGAUUUGAAAAAAAUGAAUAUUGCUGGCAUAAAAUCACAGUUUGAAGAUGGUGCGAGAAAUGUUCCUUGUAGCAAGUACUGGUGUGAUAUCUGCAAAGUAGCUUGCAUAUCUGCUCUGAAUCUCCAGGAACAUAUCAGGGGCUAUCAGCACAGAAAGGUUGAACAAAUUUUAAAAGAGACUAUGGGUAAUAGCGUAAGCAACCCUACAAUUCCUGCAAUGAAUAUUGGUCCUGAUACAAGAACAUUUGAUGAUUACCUUUUGGCUUGGAAUGCUGAUGAGCCUUUAGUUGGUCUCAAUUAUGUGAUUGAAUACCAGCGGGAUGGGGGAAGAGACCCAAUGUAUGAAUGCACACUAUGUGACUUCACAGGUUACCUGCGCAUAUUUGUUUCACACCUUGGUGGUAUCAAGCACAGAAUGAAUUACAUGUCAAGAGAAUAUCCAGAGAUGGUGAAGUGGGAUGCAACUAAAUUAAAGCCAGAGGAGUUAAGCCUUAUUGUUAAAGAAAGAGCUGCUAUUAUUGAGAAAUUGGAAGGAAGGAGGACCAUAAAGGUGAUCAGAGGACAGGAUCCACCCAGUACGAUUAGCGUAGUUAAAAGGGUUCCACUUCCAAGCAAUGAUGUUAGAAUGAAUCAAGGUGGAAGCCUUCAAGAGGGAAUGAAUUCACAAAGCUAUGCACAGCGUUCAUACCAGGAAUAUGGAUCCAAAGGAUGGCAGCAAGAAUGGGAGAGAAACCCCUCGCAAGUGGAGCAAGAUUUGAUGGAAGACAUAGUGUACACAAGAGAACAAUCACUGACAAACAAGAUGAUGUAUUCAGUUCCAAGACAUGACGAAGGACAAUAUAGAACUGAAGUUCGAUCCUCUGAUAUGUAUUCUGACUGGCGAAGAGAUGAUAAAGACUUUUAUGAAGAGAGUAUUGGCGUUAUGGACCGAUAUGCAGACCUAAGGAAAGAUAACAAAUCGCAAUAUCAAGAAAAUGUUUCAAGUGGAUAUACGGAUUUGAAAAGAGAGAGAGAUCAAUAUGUCGAGGCCAGUACUGGUUAUGAUCAAUACUCCGAUCAGCGAAGGGGGCCAUAUGGAGAUCGAAUACAUGAAUCAGCUGAUUGGAGAAAUGUCUACCACAAGGAACAUGAAAAUGAUAUCAGGAGUUCAGAUAGGUAUUCAAAUAUAAGAAAAGAUUAUCAGCUGAGAUACAUGGAUGACGGUAGAGGUGCAGACUGGAAAAGGGAUGACAGAAAACAAUAUGAAGAUGAAUACCGAGAAAGAGAACAAACUGGAAAAUCUGAUCACCGGAUGCAGAAAAAGGGUGAUUAUUCCCAGCCACCACGUUUUCCUGAUGUGAUUGAUAGUAAAAGAAAGAAGCUUUAUAACUAUUUGCAAAGCUUUCAGAUAAAAAGUGAAGAUGAUGCAAGUUUUGUUCUGAAGGUUACAAAGGCUUUCAAAGAUGCAUUGAUCAGUUAUUACCAAAAGAAGGAAUCUGACCCAGUCAUGAGAGCUACAUUGGAUCAAAGAACUGCAAGAUCCACCGGUACACCAGAUGACUAUUCCAGAUAUAAUCCUGAUGCAUCAGCUUCUGCAGUACGAGGCUCAGAAAGCCCCAGAGGUGGCUAUGAUUGGAAACAGGAUACAUUGGCAACAGACGUGAGGCAAUCAUUUGACUCCUCAUCAUAUCUAUCCUCUUCUGCUGCCAGAGAUUUUGCAAUGUAUCCCUCUUCAGGCAGGGACUAUUCGUCAGAUGACAAAUCUGGGAGUCAGUAUAUGAACUGGGGCACAAGUGUAAACUCAGCCAAUACGUAUUUUGGUCGCUAAAUUCAUUGCAAGGGUGUAUAAAGAGAAUAAAGGAUGGUUGAGCACUGUGUUCUGAAUGCAGCAGAGCUAUAGCAGAGCACAAACCAAUCUUUUAUUGUACAUCUUUAUUCAGUAUCUAGUAUCUUCUUCUCUCACCUUCCAUUUAUUUUUAUUUAUGUUGUGUCCUUUUUGUAUUUGUUUCUGAAAUGGGCACCAUAUCUUUUAAAAAGGUAAUGACUGCAAAUCUAACCCAUGCUCAAUUCAACUGAAAUUCAAUGAAAUAAUAUACCACUGGACCCCACCCACAUGUAGUGCUUUAAUAGCUUGCAUUCUUUUCUCAUCAAACACUAAUGUGUACAGAAAUUGAUGCCCUCAAAACCUUGUUUCAGAAGUGCAGUGUUAUUUUUAUUUCCCAAGUUUCUCUGUUCAUCUUGUAAGUGCAGGAACUAGCAUUCAUUGAUGGAAGACCCACAUUAUCUGUUGACAGUUAGACCAAGAUGGACAUCAUAGAAGCUUCAUCCUGUCCAUGGAAGUCAGGAAGUGUACUUGUAAGAAGGUAUUAUUGAUAGAUUGGAAUGGGAACCCUGGAUGCCAACAUUCCUAUACUGGAGGGAUAUUAAGCAAUUGUUGGAGAUGAGAUUAAUCAUUUGUGUAGUGACCUUUAUUUCAGUCCAACACCAUAUGUUAUAUUUACUCAAAUUAAAUGAGAGAGCUUUUCUAUAAUUCUGUACUCCUCAUGAGUUUAUACAUAUAAUGCAACCAGCAGUUAUAUGCAUAAGCCAAUUAGAGAUCAUUUAACUUGCAUCUGGUAUUUUAAUGUUCAAUUCCAAUGGUAAGAAUUUUUCAAACAAAUUAGUCAUAAACUAGAAGAUAACUAUAUCAUCCCCCAAUGACGGAAAGCUUUAGAGACUGCUGUUUUAUUCAAUAACAGUGGCGUUAUAACAUUCAGCUCAUUAUCCCAGUUUAAGUUGCUUUGACACAUGCCAGUAGGUAAUAUAAUGUGGAGAAAGGAAGGAUGGGGAAACUAGAUUUGAGCUAGUAUUGAUAUAGAAAAAAAUGCCCCUACUCUGAAAUUGUCGACUGGGAAGCCUGAAAAAGGAAAAGUUAUAUUUAUAAUACUUCCUUAAAAGAAAAGCUUUUCCUUAACCAAUGUUGACUUGCCUGACAAGUAUGCAAUUGUUAAAGAUGACCAUUGAUGCACCAGUUCAUGGACUUUGGUUUGGUCGACAUUUUAAGCAAAAUAAUGACUACAGAUGAGUUUCAUGCUACUUUAAUCGACAGUCAAAUUUAAUGCACAGUAAGUAAUGCAAAAAUGUAGCCAAGUUAGACAAUCUGUCUAAAUCUACAGGUUUAUCAACAUCUUAUUUUUCUUGCUACUUAAAUAGCAUACAAUGAAUUAUAAAUUGUCCUUUACAACAAUUUUUGAAUUUGUUGGUGGGGAAAUGCUGCAUGUUUAUUUGGGUGAGUGUGGCUUCUUCAUUUUGAGAAACCUCCUCAAUAUAUUCAGAGAAGUAUAGAAAGACAGUUUCUAGAUGACUUAUUGAGCGUAUUGCUGUGUUAUUUCUAAUAUGGAAUAAAUAUUGGAGACUAGAGCCACUUGCGCUUUAGGCAAAUUCCUUUGGAAUUUUUGUUAAUGUUGUUUGAUUAGCUUGAUUACCACUUUAAAAACUUAAGUUUGAAAUAGGAGUUCUUGAAUACCCAACAGAAAUUUCCUUCAGCCGACUAUAUUAUUACAUGCAAGUGUUUGUUAACUGUUGUUUGAAUACUGCAUUUUCCCUGUAGCUUUUAAAUUAUGCAUUUUAUGCAUUACAUCUACAGCUUGUAGGAAAUGUUUAAUACUGGACAAUAGAAUUGGAGUAAUCUGUCUACUUUGGAGUAGAUAAGUAGUGAGAGUUUUGUUAUAUUAAUACAAACGUUUUUAUCAUCUUAGAUUUGCAACUGUGAUUUUUGGCCUGUAAAUCUGUUUCGGUUCCAAUCAUUUGGCAUUAAUUUAAAUUUGUGUGCAUUUACAAUUCAAAGUUUUAUGCAUAAGUAAAUUAUGUUCUUGAGAAUAAUGGUACUGUUUUGCAAACUGUAAUUAAACAGUAUUUCCAUCAUUUAAACUAUAUACAUGUAGAAAAAAGCUUUCCAUACUUGAGACCUGAUGAACAGAGCAUUUAAAAAUGCAUUUUGUUUUCCAUUCACACUUGCAACCAAAGUACUUUAAUGAUGAUGCAAGUGGGUCCACUUACUGCUUAGUCAAUUAUUCUUCCAUGUACAGUAACAAGGUUCCAAGUUCUGUUCUAAGUCAGUGUUGAGUUAUCCAGCCUUAAUUAGGGCACCAUAAUCAAUUGUGGCAUCCAUCAGUUAGGAGGGAAAUAUUGACAGAGGUUCCUGUUCCUGGUCACGGUUCAAGGAUUCUUGCUGAAGUGUUUGCACAACAGAAUUGACUUUGGUCAGAGCUAAUCUCAUAUGAAGUGUCUUCCUGCAGUUGAUUCAUUUGCUGAUGAUCACUGUAAAGACUUGUAUGUAUAAUGACUAAUUGAGUUGCUAAUAAGCAGCCAUGAAUUAUGAGGAUGGAACAGAAUAAAAUUACAGAAGAGGUUUUAAAAAAUACAGUAUUUUGUAUCUCUAAGCCUUGUGCUCUAGUAAACAGACAACUGAGGAAGAAUGCAUUCUAUAUUACAGCGCAAAAUUGAAGUAAGUUGGUGUUGAAGUAAUUGGUUGGAGCGAAUUAGAUCUUAUGGUAUGAUCUGAGUUGGGCAAAUUUUAGAACAAAGGUGCUAUCCUUUGCCACAAAACAGUCAACACAUUAAUGAAUUAGAUGUUUUGGGUCACACGUGAAAUCAGGAUUGUUUUCGGGAUCUAAAGUAUAUUUGGCUUGUAGUUAUGGAGUUAUCCAGGCAAACUGUUAGAGCAGGAAAACUCAUCAAUGAAAUGUUAGUUUCUUCACAGAUUGAAAUUGCUAUUAAAUGUCAAUACUUGUAUCGUAAAAUAUAAGACACCCUGUAGUAAUUUCCCCAUAGGUGCACUCUACAUUGGUAUAUAACUGAAGUGAGGGAAAAAAUUCAAAAUGACAUGGACUUUUUUUAUAACUAGGCCAGUUUUCAAUAGGCAUGUUGUAUUCUGUGGCCAAGUCAACAAUUUGUGAUGUGACAUGUACCUGAAGGUCAUGAAAUCUAAAUGGUAUCCUCUGAAUUAACUUAGCAUAGGAUAUUAGAUCAUAAAAAUAUCUUCUUAGGUACAUUGGAAUUUUUCUCCUUGUUUGGAAAGUUUUUUGGAGAUUAAUUAUUUUUACUUUCAUACUUCAUAUCUUUCCAACUGAGUAUUGUGAUUGCAGUUAUGAUCAAAUUGUCUAGAGAACUUCUUUUUGCUGUUAUUUUUGCAUUGAUUGCACGGCUAAGUGGAACGAAUGCUAUUUUCGGUGAAGAAUGAUGAAUGUCAUUUUGUGAAAAUUGUACAUUUACUAUCCUUUUAAAAAGUUUUGACGCUAAGCAAUAGUAAUGCUCAAAAUGUAAAACUGUAGGAGAGGUGAUCUAUGUUCUGAGCUUUAUUUCUAAAAUUUUUGAAAAGUUUGAAUGUGUUUCAUCAUUGUCUAAAUAAUUUGUGUUUUUGCUUAUUUCUUUCUGUGACUAUAAAAGGAAUCAAAAUAAAUAGAAAAUUGAACAUUG